AUGAAACUGGAUUAUUCUAUCGAUAGCGAAGAACCCUCUAUUGAUGAUAACAAUGAUAAAUUAAUAGAUGAACUUUAUGCAGAUAUUGAAGCACUUAACUUUCUAAAUGUAAUGGAUCUUGAGGAAUUUAUCGAUUAUCCAGAAAUUGUAGAACUGGCUACUAAUAUUGAAUCUGUAGAGAAUGAAAAUGCAGAAGAGGAAGAUAAUAGCACUAAAAUGUGUCAAAUUAGCCAUCAAGAAGCAUUCAACGCAAUAGAAACAUUUGAAUACUAUAUUAUGCAGAAUGAUUUUAGUAAAAGAACCCAGUUGGAGCAUGAUGAAGCUUUAUUAAACUUGCAAAAAGAAAUAAGAAAGCUUCAAAUUGCAUCUUUCAAGCAAGUAUUGAAAGUUAUUUUGAGCUGGUUUGAAUUAUGGAAAUAA